UUAGCUCGUUUUUGCAGGCACGUAAUAUUGUCAGUCGACCGCGUCCUGUUCCUUCGUUUGUGUUGCGUUGACAUUUACUUUCACAACUCAAAUCUUUUUAUGUUCCAUCAAGUCAUCAACACAUAUGCUUUUGCUAAUAUGUAAACUCUCACAAAUUUUUUCAACCCAAUACAUUAUUAGAUGAUCACAAAAAAUGGUUAAUAGAACUUGCGUGAUCAUUAUCAUAGUAAAUAUCAUUCUUUUAGGAGGAGGUGCAAUUUUCAUCGCUUGGUAUUCGGACCACAUGGAGUUUCCAUCCUUCUCCGUCGAGCAAGGCGCCAUCAACGCCUACAACUUUACGGCCAAAAACCACCUCGACGCCACCUUCAUAUUCGUCGUCCGUUCACAUAACCGCGACCCAAAAUAUGAUAUCGAGUACAAACAAGUGGUGGUCUCGGUGUACCAUCCUAAUGGCUAUAGCUUGACAUACGAGAAUGAGAGUCCGUACAUCGAGCAUCACGGAAAUGGGAGCUUCUUCACGGCUCAUGCGGUGGCUCACGACGUGCUCGUGUCCGAUGCGGAUGUCGCGGCGGACUUAAGAAAUGGGACGGUGUCCGGGCAUUUGGAUGUGGAGGUUAGGGUCAGGGCUAAGGUGAGAUAUGAGGUUAAACGGUGGAAGCAUAAGAAUUAUCUAUUGAAGGCUAUUUGUUCUCCUGUAGUACUCAAUUUUACAACUUGGAAGACUUUCAACAAGACAUAUUGUAAUGUAGAUAGUUUUGAUAAACCUGCCAAUAAAAUAGAUAGUUUUCAAACUUAAAUGAUCUUUUUA